UUUUUUAAUACAUUUCAAGUGAUUUGCCAACAAUUGUGACAUAAACAUGAUGAAAAUAAUAGCCAUACAAAUUAUAACAAUCAUCUUAUUGACCAAACUGUGUAUCUAUGCAAUUGGUGCGCCAGCUCAGCGUAAUCAACCCGAAAUAUGGUCUUUGAAUCUUCCAGAUUUACAAGGACAGUUGGGUAAGACGUUAAACAAUCCUGGUUAUAUGAACCAUCGACAGUCAGAUGAUGAUGAUGAUGACCCAUCAUUUCGAGAUGCUGUGGCAACUUAUGGACGGAAUAGAUGGAACAAUUUCAGAAACAGUUUCGUUGAAUUUUGGGACAUUCUUAGAGCGGGUGGCCGAGGUAUUAGGAGUUGGUUUGUUUCUGAUAAUGAUUAGAUCCAGCGCCAUCAGCGAGUUAAAUCGAUGAAACCAAGAUUUUUCGACAUCGAAAAGUUAACCAGAUUUUUUUCCGAAGGAAUGAUGCACAAACAUCAUUUACAGCCUUCACAAUUAUCACCACCACCAUCAUCACCAUAAACGCCAAAUCCGUUUGUUGCUUGUCAAAUUUGUAAUCAAUGAAUACGAUUCUGAUUGAAACCUAAGAAAAAUGAAACAAAAUGAGAAUAUAAUUUUAUAUUAAAAUAUAUUUUAGAAUGUC